AUGAAGCAUCUAGUAAUCCAUCCCUCUUCAAAGACUGGUUGCAUGCUGUGCUUGCUGCGAAAGGAGAACGAAUCGUGUCCUCAUCAAAUACCGACACACAUGCAUCUGCUUGUGAUGGAGUUGGCCUUUAAUGUGCUGGUGUCCUGGUUCAAGGCCUAUGCCAGCAUUGAUGGUUCCUCUGACACACUGAGCAGAGAUGAGUUUUGCAGACUAAUCUCCUCAGAGCUCCCUAACUUUGUCAAGAAUGCUGGCGACCCUGCUGCUAUUGACCAACUUAUGAGCUCAUUGGACAAGAACAAUGAUGAAGAGCGCAACUUCUUGGGGUUCUGGCAGCUGAUUGGGCAACUUGCAAGCAAGCAUGGGGGGUUUAGCCAAUUGAGUGUCCUCGGAUACUCUUUCGCAGUUCCAUGUCUUCGUAAGAGUUCCUUUUACUGGAACUACGGGGCCGAGCCCAACUCCUGA